GAAGCAUUAGUACCUUGACCUUAGGUUAUCUAGGGGUCUCAUCACCGAAACACCCCGAGGGCCUUUUCGUAGCUUCUAGUGUCCUUCUGCCACCAUGGCCACGAAAAAGCGGUACGCCCUCGUGGGCACGGGCGGGCGGUCCAGCUUCUUCUACACGGCCAUCGCAACCGACUACCGGGCGACGUCGUGCAUCGUGGCCUUUUGCGACACCAACCAGACGCGCAUGAACUACGCCAACAGCCGGCUGCAGACCCUCGGCCACGACCCCGUCCCGACCUUUCUCGCGGCCGACUUUGACAAGAUGAUCUCGGUUACCAAGCCGGACGAGGUGAUCGUCACGACCAUCGACCGCACACACCACAUCUACAUUGUGCGCGCGCUGGAUUUGGGCUGCAAUGUGGUGACAGAGAAGCCCAUGACCAUCGACGCGGCGCGGUGCGAGGACAUCUUCUCGGCCGUCGAGCGCACUGGACGAUCAGUCCGCGUCACCUUCAACUACCGGUACGCGCCGCACAACACCAAGGUGUACGAGCUGCUGCGGUCGGGGGCCAUCGGCACCGUCACGUCGGUGCACUUUGAGUGGCUGCUCAACACGUCGCACGGCGCCGACUACUUCCGCCGCUGGCACCGCGACAAGCGCAACAGCGGCGGCCUGCUGGUGCACAAGGCCACGCACCACUUUGACCUGGUCAAUUUUUGGCUGCAGACGCGACCCCUGUCCGUCUACGCCCAGGGCGACCUCAGGUUCUACGGCAGGGAGAACGCCGAGCGGCGCGGCGUGACGGGGUUCUACAGCCGCGCCCACGGCAGCGAGGUUGCAAAAGGGGACCCGUUUGCGCUGCACCUCGAGACCAUCCCCACGCUCAAGGCGCUGUAUCUCGACGCCGAGCACGAGGACGGCUACUACCGCGACCAGAGCGUCUUCGGCGACGGCAUCACCAUCGAGGACACCAUGAAUGUGCUGGUCAAAUACCGCAACGGGGCCGUCAUGACCUACUCCCUGACGGCGUACGCGCCUUGGGAGGGGUUCCGGGUCAACUUCAACGGGACGGGGGGCAGGUUGGAGAUGGAAGUGGUGGAGAACAGCUACGUGAACUCGGGGGGCGAUCAGUCGUUGGAGGGUUCUAUUGAGAGGAGGUCUAUCCUCCUGAGACCGCUCUUUGAACCACCGAGGGAAAUCCCGAUUGACGAGAGCAAGGGGGCGCACGGCGGCGGUGACAAUGUGCUGCUGCAGGAUCUCUUUGGCGAGCCUGUAACGGACGAGUACAUGCGCGCGGCGAGUCAUGUCGAUGGGGCCGCAUCGAUCCUAACAGGCAUUGCUGCGAACAAGUCGAUCGCCACGGGGCAGGUCGUCUUUGUGGAUGAUGUUUUGAAAGUACCAGGAGGACCGUGAUUAUUAAAUAUGCACCAUGUGUCGACAAUGUCCCAUCGCGCCUUACCUCGAGAAAAGCUGCUUCAAUGUCCUUGUCCGGGGUUCUGUGAUCUAAGUAUGUUUCUUUGCGAUCCUCGGAUUCGAAAUGCAGUGUGAAAUAUCCAUGAAUCGAGCGACCUUGCGGGUUGUGACUGCACGUUUGCAAUGAAAUCCAGAAGUGGAUAACCGAGCCUGAAAAUUCCGUUUGCUCAGCUCCUAGGCAACCACACCUACGUCGCUCUUAACUCUGAAGGCAGUGAAGGCUUCCCAUGAAUUCUUGCCAA